GCUGGAAUGUAGUUCAAAUCCAUUCAGGACUAGCAGUGGUAUUCAUAAUAAGUGGAGUGUCUAAACCUAGGAAUGCUGAAUGAUGCAGUGCAAAAAUAUACUUCUUAACCUGUAAAGGUUACAUAACUUGCUGGUUAUAAUUAAUUUUCCUGAAAUAAAUGGAAAAUGAGGCCUAUAUUGUAUUUUUGCACUGUAUAUUUAGUAGAAUUAUAGGUCAUGAAGUUCUACUGCACUUUGUUCAAGUGGAUGAUGCACUUCAGUAUAUCCAAAACUACUUUUCAAACAUGUCAUGCUUGUGGGUUGUGUCCAGUUCAGGAAACGCUUUUGCUUCCUUCCUGGUAGGAGGGAGGGAAAGGUCAUCUCAAUUGCAUGGCUACAGAGGAAAGCUGGUGUCACAGUGCUUUGGGAGAGCAAAGAAACAGAACUACCAAAAGCUUUACUUACCCCCCCCCCCCAAAGAAAAAAAAAGCCAAAUACUUGCUUUUGUUUUAACUUCACUAAUGGCAGCUCCAUAGAACUCUGGUGGAUGAACCACCACGGGGGAUGUCUUUGACAGUAGUAUAUGGAUGAGAGCAGCUGUGCUUUAAAAGCUGAGUGUUUGCUAUCUGGGAGUUUGGUCUGGGUUAAUGUUGAGUCUUGUGAAAUGUUAAGUCUUAAACAUUGUGAGCUACUUGUCAUAACUUCAUACUUAAUCUAAAAAUUAACAAUUAUCCAAGGGACUCCUGAUCUGAGCGCUAGCUUAGUUCUGACCCACUAACAAUGCUGCUCGUUCUGUAACACUCAACAUUUUGCUGGAGGUCUCCCGCUCAGCUCUGAGGAGCUUUAGAUUGUGAUGCUGUCCCACUUUUACAAAGCCAUGUGAUAGCAAGCUAGCAUUACACAUCAGGGCAGAUCAUCUCACUGUAUAAAACUUGAGACUUGUUCAGUAUUACAGUUAAAAGUUUAAUUGUAACUUAGGGGUUUUCUAAUGUUCUUGUGAGAAGUUGUUUUUCCUGAACCCUUCAUUCAAAAGAAGAAGAUUUAAGAGUUUAGUUUAGGGAUAAGUAUUUUAGAACUGUUGAUUUACACAGGGAGAAUUAUUUUAGAACUGUUGAUUUACACAGGGAGAAGGGAUUAGCAUCGGGAUAUGAACACCUUUGAGUCUUCAAGUACAAAAUCUUUUAUAAGAAAAGUGGCCUUUGAUUUCAGACUUUUGUAAAAAGGUGCAAAUGACUACUCUGGAAUAGUAAAGGAAUUGAAUGCUGGAGUCCCUGCUGCUUGUUGAGAGCUCCCACAUAAUUUUCCCUCUAUCCCUUUAGCUGCCUGUGGGGAAAUGUGUGUACCUUGUAGCAGCUGAGAGUCCAUCUUGUCACUGAGGAAAAAAUGGGAACCAAAGCAGCAAAGAUCUGAGUACAGGUGAGGAGAAUGAGAGGACAAAGAGCAGCUUGAUGCAUUUGAAGAAUCUAUUGAUUGUGCUUGUAGCUUUCUUGGUCAAAACUGUUGUCAACUUUAAGUGAUCUCAGACCCAAGCUCUGGAAAUAGCAUAUUUGCCAACUCUGCCUGCCAGCCUCUGUACCCCAAAUCCACUGGGCUAGGGAGAGGAGGGAAGGAAUCCCUUGUUUGUAGUUCAGUUCCUCAGAGGUUCCUUUCGUAGCUGGUUUGCAGCCAGGGAUUGUUUUCUCUCCCAGUGCUAGAGCUGCAGGGCUGCAGUCUGCGAGUGGAAGAGUGCAGUCCCAGCUUUGACAUAACAGUCCGUCUCAAGCAUUGCUCUUUCUUGCCGUGUAAAAAAAAAAAAAAAAGCUAUUACCCAAGGCUGUGGUAUUUACACUUGAGACAAAACUGCACAUCUCAAGUCCUGAGUGGAAUUUCCUGUGCAAAUUACUCAACACAUGCUGUAUUUUCAAGUGUGUGUAUUAUACUUCGAAUAUGGUAACUCCCAGUGGAUGGGAACAUUCUUCUUUGGCUGUAUAUUCUGCAGUUUUCUUAUGAAUGGUCCUCCUCAUCCUGUGUACAAAACUUCUGUGAUUUUUUUUAUUAUAUUAUUUUUUCCAUGAAACAAACAUGACAUACUUUACUACUCUCCUUCAUGCUGAGGUAAGGAACUUGCUCAGGGAGGCCACAUCUUCUGGUCUGUAGACCCAGUGCAUAUUGUCCCUUUGUUAAUCCACCUCUCAUUCUGGUAUUUCUAGUAUUCAAAUCUAAUUUGAUGAAGAUAUACACAAAACUGCAAUUCAUUUUAGCUUUGCCCUCUGCUUUCCUUGUUGUCUCAUCCCUGUUUGUGUCGCUGCUGCCUCUGCUUUCCUGUUUUAAAAAUUCAUGUCUCGCCACAGAUCAAGAAAAGUGAGGUAAUGAAGUGUUUGCUGCUUAUAAAGCAUGUUGAUCCCCUUGUGCCCUGACAACAGGUGAUGGUUACAAAUCCAGUGGUGUCUUUUCUUUUCUUUUUUCUUUUUUUUUUUUUUAACAAAACAAUCAUUUCCCAAUAACGACUAGGAGACCAAUAGUCACAGAGCAUUUCUAGCUGUCACUUUGCGCUGGUUAUUUUACUGGGAAUCGGGAACUGGGAACUUCAAUUUCCUCAUGAGCCACAUGCAGCUGGGCUGUUGGGAGUAAGUGAUGAUGUGCGGGGAGAAGGGAAGGAGUUUUAAAUGAGUAGAAGUGUCCCUAAAGAUGAAAUUCUCCCUUUAGCUUCCUUUUCCUCACUCUCUGUCCCUCUGCCCCAUGGAGGAAGAACAGUAAAUAAGUAGGAAGCUGUGGAAGCUGCAAGAAACAGCAGGAACAAUAUCUGUGCAUUGGCUAUAAUCAUUUCUCCCAAGAUUUGUGGGAAGGAGAGACGACUAAUUAGCAUUUUAUUUUUUAAAGGCAGAAGCUAGAACACCCCCCACACCGUGUGGGUUUUUAUAUUGAAGAACAGUCUGGAUCAUGAAGCAGAUCUGAAAGGGUUUUUUCCCCUGAAGUGCUUGGUUCAAGGCUAGCUGGACAUGCCUGAACAUUUUGUCAAUAUUGAUCUACCCUAAACAGCAAUUAGAUUUUUUUCGUAAGCUGAGAUUUGUGUAACCUUCCUUGAACUAUAUAAAACUGACGCAAAAUGAUUAUGUGAGGAUGGAUUUUCAAGUUAUAAAUGAUGUCUUCAUGACUCUCUCUGGAACCAGUGUCCUUUGAAAUCGCUGCCUGCAGGUAGUGUGAAAGUGCUACGCAAACUUUAGUGGUCACUUAAUGAGAAAGGAGCUCAUUUCAAAUGACGGUGUCUCUGGGUGAAAACGUUCUGUAAUGCUGAGUUGCAGGAGUUGCUUGGUUCCUUGCUAGUGCUUCAGAAGCAGCAGAACAGGUUGCAAAGCCUUGUCCUUUAAGUUCCGCUGUACAGAAGUGUCUAGCGGGUAGGUGCGUGCUAAAGCCUUUUUUCCGCAAUAGGAUCAGACCUGCUGCACUACUCCUAUGGCUGUAAAGAAGAGCACACAACUCUCCUCUUCGUUGGAUCACUUGGGCUCACAGUUUGAGGGGUGCGCUGCUGUUUUAAAUUUGUGUGUCUCAUGAUGUGCACAGCACAGUGGUGAUGACUGGUAUGGACGGGUGUAGGUUUAUUGCUGUGUUACGAAUAGCGAUAUGUAUGUGGGAGGAAAACACUUGUUUUUGGUGAAAUGGUAAAGGAUCUCGGUUGUGGUCAAAGGGGUCUCUGCUUGCGGAAGAGUGGGGUUAGGCAAAGGUGUCAUAUAGUAUGCUUACGUAUGCAGCUGGCGCUGUACUUGGCGAACUCUGUAGGAAACCCUCUCAGACUGCUCUCCAGGGAGGAGAGGGUGGGCAGAAAUCUCGUGCAUCUUUAACUCAGUUUAACAGCACCUGGGUCAAAACCACUAAAACCAGUUAGCUUAAAUGCAGGGUUACUGCAUAAUAUCAUAGCUGAGUUCUGGUUGUUCAGGUGCCUUAAAUAUGUGUUUUCUGCUUCACUAUUUUUGAAUUUCUUUUCAAUUUAACCCUGAAUUUGUACCUGGAUUUGGAAGUACCUGCAAUAUCUCUGUAAAGCUUUUGGUCGUGAAGUUGCUUGUACCUGUGGUCCACUGCUGCCUUAAUUUGGUGUCUCUCUCUCUCUCUCUCUCUUUUUUUUUUUUUUUUUUUUUUUUUUUUUUUUUUUUUUUUAAUGAUCUCUGGUCACAGGGUAAGAAUCCCUGUUCAGUCUUUGUGAAAGGCCCAAGUCUGGUCCACUUUAAAAGUAAAGUAAAAUGGUAGUUAACAGCUGAGAAGGAUUCGUCUUGUGUUUUGUAAAUGGAGAGAGAGAAUCAGAUUCUGCAUAUAGGUAUCAUACAUUGUAUUACUUAUUUUGUGUCCCUAUUUCUUCAUGAAUGAUUUCUGAGCCUAUUUAAACUAAACCGUAGGAUUAGAUUUGUGAAUGCUUCUAGGGACAUGAGAAAUGUCCAGGGGGGAGGGUUCAGCAGUGUGACGUGUGAAAUACCAAAGAGGCAGUCUGGAGGGUUUCUCUCCAGCCAAAUAGUAAACUUGGAAAGAGGGAGAGAGAAUGUAAGCAAACCUGAGCAAACACUGAGCUCUGCAGCUGGCAAAUAAUAAAGCACAGAGGAUGAAUGAACCAUAUCAUGAAGAGGUCGAGCAUUUCUAUACAUCUGACCUCAAGAAACCUCCAGUGGAGAAAGUGAAUGUUUGGCCAUGCACUGGCAGGAGCAGCAGCAGCUCUGGAGUUUCCUUUUCUUGCCCACAUGUCUUUUUUUGCCUCUCCUUGUUAUGCCAAAUAGGCAAUCUCCUGGGGCAUCCUCAGUGCCUGGAUUAUGGGCCGCCUUUCCAGCCCCCUUUUCACUUGGAGUUUUGCACUGCCUAUGAAAACUUUGGCUGCUGUGACCAGGAGAGAGACAACAGCAUUGCAGCAAAAUACUGGGAGAUCAUGGAUUAUAUUGAUCCCCAGGGGCAUAAGCUGUGUGGAGCGUAUAUCAAAGAUAUCCUCUGUCAGGAAUGUUCUCCAUAUGCUGCGCAUCUCUAUGAUGCAGAAAACCCUCAGACGCCUCUUCGGAACCUCCCAGGACUUUGCUUUGACUACUGCUCUGAGUUUCACUUCAACUGCCACUCCGCUAUCAGCCUGCUGACCAGUGAUAAACACAUCCAAGAAUGCUGCGAGACAAACAAGACACGCUUCUGUAACCUCCUCAACCUACACGAUAAGGACUACUGCUUCCCCAAUGUGCUAAAGAACACAGCCCUCAACCGCAACCUGGGCUCAGUGGUGGCCGACCGCAAAGGCUGCCUCCAGCUCUGCCUCACGGAAGUUGCCAACGGCCUGAGGAACCCGGUUCUGAUGGUCCAUGCGAACGACCAUACCCAUCGCAUGUUUGUCGCUGAACAACUGGGUGUGAUCUGGGUGUACUUACCCGAUGGCAGUCGGCUGGAGGAGCCCUUUCUGGAUAUUAAAACUAUAGUGUUGGCUACACCAUGGAUAGGGGAUGAGAGGGGCUUUCUGGGGAUGGCUUUCCACCCCAAGUACAGGUACAACGGGAAGUUUUAUAUCUAUUACUCUUAUAUGGAUAAGAAGCAAGUGGAAAAGAUCAGAAUCAGUGAAUUGAAGGUUUCAGCAUCUGAUGUCAACAAAGCUGAUCCACACUCAGAAAGGAAUCUUCUGGAGCUUGAAGAACCCGCUUCUAACCAUAAUGGCGGACAGCUGCUCUUUGGUGUGGAUGGUUAUCUGUACAUUUUCACAGGGGAUGGAGGGAAAGCUGGCGACCCUUUUGGAAAAUUUGGAAAUGCUCAGAACAAGAGCGCUUUGCUGGGAAAAGCCUUGAGGAUUGAUGUGGAUGGAAAAAGCCCAGAUGGAAAGCCUUAUCGCAUCCCUCCUGACAACCCUUUCGUGUCUGACCCCAAGGCCCGCCCUGAGGUUUAUGCUUACGGGGUCAGGAAUAUGUGGCGCUGUGCGGUUGACAGAGGGCACCCUGUCACAAAAAAGGGGAGAGGGAGGCUCUUCUGCGGGGACGUCGGGCAGAACAGGUUUGAAGAAAUCGAUAUCAUCGUGAAAGGAGGCAACUACGGCUGGAGAGCAAAGGAGGGAUUCGAAUGCUACGACACGAAGCUUUGCCGUAAUUCCUCUCUGGAUGAUGUUCUUCCAAUAUUUGCAUAUGGCCGCAAUGUGGGGAAAUCAGUCACUGGAGGUUAUGUGUACAGAGGAUGUGAAUCACCCAACCUGAACGGCCUCUAUAUUUUUGGUGAUUUCAUGAAUGGUCGACUUAUGGCUUUACAGGAAGAUGAGAAGACAAAUAAAUGGAAGAAGCAAGAUAUCUGCAUUGGUAACACAAAAGCUUGUGCUUUCCCUGGAAUGAUAAGUUCUUAUAGCAAAUUUAUCAUCUCAUUUGCUGAGGAUGAAGCAGGUGAGCUGUAUUUUAUGUCUACUUCUUAUCCAAGUGCCUAUGCACCACAUGGAUCUCUCUACAAGUUUGUUGAUCCUGCAAGGAGAGCUCCACCAGGGAAGUGUAAAUUGAAGCCUGUCCCAGUGAAAACAAAGAGUAAACGUAUUCCAUUUGCUCCACGUGCAAAGACCAUCCUUGAGCUGCUUAAUGAUCCUCCAACAACCCAGCCUCCUGCAAAAUCCUCUUCCCCCACUGGAGUCACCCGAACACUUUCUUCCAAGAAAGCUAAGACCACCCCACCCACCAAAAUAAAAGUAUCAGCAGUGAAGCCAGCUUCAGCUGGUAAAAAAACACAAAAAAUCAAAGCCAAGGCUAAACAUCACAAGCCAAAGCAGAAGAUGAAGGUUACAAAGGUUUCCAAAACUACACCAGCGCCGUCCUUGACAAAAAAGACCCCCCCUCCAACCAGAACCAAGAAGCUUCCCCAAAGAAAGGAGCAGUAACUAAGGAGAAACUGGUGGAGAAAAGAGAGUAGAUUAAGAAAGAGCUUUUGAAGCUGAGAGAGAUCCCCCCAAAAGCAAGUCAUUUAGAAGAUGGUGACUAAUUUGAUAGGUAGAAAGAAUGCUUUCAGUAGGGACCAAAUUAAAAAAAAAAUCAGUUGAUUUGUUAUGCCAAUGAAGUUUCUUGGGGUAAAUUCAGUAUUGAUCCCAGAUGCUUCUCCAUUAAUGUCAGUCUAUAUAUUCUAUUAAACUUCAACAGCACCAAUAUCCUAAUAUUAACUUUCUUUGCAAAUACUGUUGUGAAGUCCUUUUCUGACAUAAGUUUUUAUGAGUCUCUGAUAAACAUUUGCUGGUAAGAUUUGGCUUUGUAUGUCUAUGGCUAACAAAUACAAGUGCCGGCAGCUUUCAGACCAGUUAGAACAGGCUUGCCUAGUAGGUUUGCAUCUUUAAUACAGGAAUAUGAAAUAAACAUGUCAGUGAUCUCA